AGUCAGCUUUAUUAUUGUGUAGUUUAUUAUUUAGAUAUUUACAAACAGAUCCGCAGAGAAUGGAUGACGAUGACUACUGGAACACUAGCGAAACGAAAGAAAACGCCUUCAACUUUGACGAUGAUGUUCUAUCACCCAAAGAGAUAUUGGCUAUUGGUCAGAAACCUAUAUCCGGACAAUCGGACAACAUAUUCAGUUCUGUCGCUGUUACACUCAAAGCUAACCAGUUGCCGCUGUCAAGUUUGAUAUCUCUGAAGGUUUUGGACUUGUUGAUCCUAGCACAAUCAGGCAAAGAUCCUAAAGAUGUGAAGCCAGAAACGGACCACAGUGUAGCCGCCACACUCAAGAGGUUGGUCCUUGGUCGUUCCGUCUCCCUUCACUGUCACAGAAGUUUGAAGAGUAAAACAGAGUUGAUUGAUGGAGCGGUGGCUUUAGGGGAUGGCAAUGUCAUUUUAACUGUAGUAUUAUUCCUAAUACAAACAUUGAACAAGAAGUUGGUGUAUGAGCUAUUGAACUCCAGACCUCUGGCGCUCAGUCAUUACAUUGGAUUCCUGCAAAGUGAAGGAAAAAUAACAGAACUCACAGACUUAUUAACAAUGCUGGGACGCAGUCCUGAAGCUGCAGUGUACCAACUACAACAUCUAGUCAGGACUCAGGGUACCAACGUGGAAGUAUUACUCCGGAAAGUCACCAACCUGGCCUCCAACCACUUCAAUCAGCCCGGGGUUGAUGCACAUCAGUUGAAGAUGGUCAACGAUUAUGUUAAGUUGCUCGAAUGGCAGAAAUGCGUCAACAAGCCAGCUUUAAACAACGCGUCUCCACUAACUUGCCUGGCGCACUGCUGCACCAACCACUGGCACGAGGGCGCUGGCAACAUGAUGUCGCCGCUCACACUGUGCCAGCGACAACAGAUAGCUCCAGUGCAGUAUGAAUGGGUGGUACUGAAUGUGCACGCUGGCGCUGCCAAGUGGGACAUCGUCGAGUCGCUCUUCAGUAAAAAGGACUGGCUGGGCCGCAGCAGCGUUUCGUCCCACAUGGCGCCGCAGACGCUGCUAGCACGGCUACAACAGCUGCAAGCACCGUCUCGAUUGUUGGCCGCGGCGCUCGCUGUGCUACCAACAGAUGAGAGAUUGAGACUGGCGCAGCAUUACAAGGUGCACUCUGUAGUAAUAGAGAUGCUACACAAACAGAAGGACAGAGCGGCGCUCACCAACUACAAGAUGACUCUCAGCCCGCAGUCAGAGGAGUACAUAUUAGCUGAGAACACGCUGCGAGAUACAUCGGUGAAAUGGAAAAAUUGAAGAAGCUUGAAGAUAUUGUGUGUUCAAAUCAUAUUGUUACCUCUUCCGUUAUUUAUAUUUAUGAAAGAGACGCAUGAUAUUUUGACAAAAAAUUACUAUAGUUUGUGCGUUUUAUGAUGAUAUGGGUGACACAUAAUAAUUGACAAUAAUAGGGAAGUUACC